AUGGAUCACCAUUCAGAUUUGGAGGAACUCUUGGAGGAUUCCCCGGCGCCCCAACGUGCCUGGAGUUUCCCUUCCCGUGUGCUGCUGGUUCUCGGCUUGGUGGCUGUGGCUGGCUUGGCGCUCAGCGGAUCCAAAGGCGUGGGACUUCGAAGCAAGUCCGGAAGCUUCGUUGGAUUGCAAGCGCUUGAAGAUGGUGAUGAGGCGGAUGACGAUGUGGAUGACGAUGUGACCACCAGCAAUUGCUUUCAGGCAGGCAUGUACUAUGCCGACCCAGUGAAGUUGGACGCCUCUGAGCGUACCGUGGAGUUCAGCGCGGAGCUGUGCCAGCAGCGCUGCCAGGUGGUGCCCGAGUGCUCGCAUUUCACCUUUUGGCCGGAUGGCGGCUGCCUGCUGACCGGCGAGGCAUCCUACACCAAGGCAGCGCCAAUGAAAUAUGCUGAGACAAUGACAGGGCCCAAGUUCUGCCCAGGUGCCGUCCAGGCUGCCCAAGAGGCAAUUGCUGCGGCCAAGGCUGGCAGCGGUCUGCAACAGGCGGAUGCCAGUGGCCUCCAGGACUCCACUGAUGCCAUGGACGCCGGUCUGCACGCGGCUGCAGCAGCCACCAGCGGCUUGCAGCAGUCUUUGGUGCAUUCCGGAAUCAAGCAGGCUGAGAGCAAUUGGGCAGCCGACGACGAUACACCGAAAACCGCCGUGGCGGCGGUGUCUCCUGGUGUCAACGGCACGACUUGCAGCGCCUAUCCUGCAUGUGUGGAUGUGGGGAUCAAGGAGGGAAACUGCUGCCCCAAUGCCGACGAUGUCAUCCUGGGCUGCUGCAAUGGUUUUCCAAAGACCCUCGAGCAGGUCACCAUCAAAAUUGGCACGGAGUGCUCGAAGUAUCCCAAAUGCGUGGCGCUGAACAUCACUGGCGGCUGCUGCCCCACCCAUGAAGGUCUCAUGCUGGGCUGCUGCGACGCAGCCAUGUGAGCACCGAUGCUCAGCCUCCGGGACUACAGUAUUUGGUUUGCCUUCCAUCAAUUUCGAGGAA